AUGGGGGAAGAGGAUGAUCAUAAUGAUUGGGAGGAGGAGGAGGAGGAGGAGGAGGAGUACGCGAGGUAUCCAUCGACUUUAGGCCUGAUCCUAAUCGCCGUGGGUCUUUCGCUCUCUGUCUUUCUCGUGGCUCUGGAUCAAACCAUUGUUGCCAACGCCAUACCCAAAAUUACCGACGAGUUUGGAAGCAUGUCAGACAUUGGAUGGUAUGGGAGCUCGUUUCUCCUGACCGUAUCUGCCUUCCAGCUUUUCUACGGAAAGGCCUACACGUUCUUCGCCAUCAAAGUCGUCUUUCUGCUUGCCAUCGGCCUCUUCGAGCUCGGGUCCCUCGUAUGCGCGCUCGCACCCACUAGCGCUGCCUUCAUCAUUGGACGCGCUGUGGCCGGACUCGGCGCAUCAGGCAUCUCGCCGGGGGCCCUAAUCAUCAUCGCCCACUCGGUGCCGCUGCGCAGACGGCCCAUCUUUCUCGGCUCUAUGGGCGGUAUGUAUGGCAUCGCGUCCGUCUGCGGGCCGCUGCUCGGAGGUGUCUUCACAGACCAGCUUACGUGGCGAUGGUGCUUCUACAUCAACCUGCCCUUCGGCGCCUUCGCCGCCCUGGUCAUUGUCCUCUUCUUCCGGCCGCCCGACCAGCCCAACCUGGUGCAACUGUCGGUCCUCGACCGCAUCAAGAAGAUCGAUUGGCUUGGCCUGGUUCUUUUCAUCCCGUCCAUCGUCAGUCUCCUGUUAGCGCUACAGUGGGGUGGUUCGACGUACCCUUGGCGCGAUGGCAGAAUCAUCGGCCUGUUCGUCGUCUUUGGAGUCACGGGCGUGGCCUUCGGCGCCGUUCAGUUCUGGAGAAAAGACGAUGCCAUUGUCCCGCCACGCAUCAUCGCUCAGCGGAGUGUCGCCGCGGGUGCGUGGUACGCCUUCUGCAAUGCCUCGGCGUUUCUGAUCGUUGUCUACUACACCCCGCUCUGGCAUCAGGUGAUCCAGCAUGUCAGCGCGGUAGACUCGGGCCUCCGCCUGCUUCCUGUGUUGAUCGGUUUGGUCGUCAUGCUGUUGGUGUCUGGGGCUUUGGUGUCUCUGAUAGGUUAUUACACCCCAUUCAUGAUCCUGGCGUCCAUUCUCACUCCUAUUGGCGAGGGCCUCAUGUCUACGUGGACCGUCGACACCACCUUCAGCCAGUGGUUCGGCUACGAAGCCCUCACAGGUCUCGCCUUUGGGAUGGGCAUGCAGCAGCCCCUGAUGGCCGUGCAGGCCGUCUUGCCCAUCGAGGAUGUUCCCAUCGCCACAUCGGCCGUUGCUUUUGCCCAGACCCUGGGGGGAGCCGUCUUCCUCGCCAUCGCCCAGGCCGUCUUCCAGAACCGCCUCGUCCAGAAUCUCCCGUCCACGCUGGGUGCCGUUAGCUCCGGCUCAGCCGAGAUGCUCCAGGCUGGCGCCAGCGCCAUCUACACUACUGUUCCGCCGCACCUGUUGCAACCCGUCUUGGUUGCCUUCAACGAUGCCUUGACACAUGUGUAUGUCGUCAGCAUCUGCAUGUCAGUACUCACCAUUGUGGGCAGCCUCGCCAUGGAGUGGAGGAGUGUCAAGAAAAAGAGCUCAAAACUGAACAACGGCAACACCGAGGGCCAGGUUUAA